AUGGCUGCGCCCACCGCGAUAAAGAAUUCUGCUGCUGCACAGCCCGUACAGGCGCCUGUUGAAAAUGAAGAGGUUUUGAUCAACACAACCGGGAUCCCCACGCAGCUGGAAAAGCCUGCCGACAACGAAGAUGAGGAAAUGAAGGACGACCCCCAGGAGAGCUCCACGCUUGUUUUGGACGAAAGCGGAAAACCCAGAUUUGCCGCCGCGUCCAAGAGUGGGAUGAAGGUCAAGUUGGAGAGCAGAAAAGUGCCGGUGCCUCCCCACAGAAUGACUCCAUUGAAGAACACAUGGAUGAAGAUCUACCCCCCGCUUGUGGACCACCUCAAGUUGCAGGUCAGAAUGAACUUGAAGACCAAGACUGUCGAAAUGAGGACAAACAAAUUUACAGAAGACCAGGGUGCGUUGCAGAAGGGCGCCGAUUUCAUCAAGGCCUUCACGUUGGGCUUUGAUGUCGAUGAUGCCAUCGCGCUCUUGAGAUUGGACGACCUAUAUAUCGAGACCUUCGAAGUCAAGGACGUCAAGACUUUGACUGGAGACCACUUGUCGAGAGCUAUUGGCCGUAUUGCCGGCAAAGAUGGAAAGACGAAGUUUGCCAUUGAGAAUGCCACCAGGACGAGAAUCGUCUUGGCCGACUCGAAGAUCCACAUCUUGGGUGGCUUCACACACAUCAGAAUGGCCAGGGAAGCCGUCGUGUCGCUCAUCUUGGGUUCGCCUCCAGGAAAGGUGUACGGAAACUUGCGUACUGUGGCCUCCAGAAUGAAAGAGCGCUACUGA